AUGAAGGUCUUCAGCAACUCUGUCACCUACAACUACUCCUGGGACGAGGUGUCCACAGCCAACUGGACAAAAUACGGCCCCUGGAACAACAAGUCUGAGCAUGUCAUCGCCGUCGAUACCCUCUCACGCGAAGUCGACCCCUCAACAGGCAUCCUCCGCACCGAGCGUCUGAUCACAUGCAAGCAAACCGUCCCUGACUGGAUCAAGACCAUCAUCGGAGGCACUGGAGACGAGAGCUUCAUGUACGAGGCCAGCUACGUCGACCCCGUAAACAAGACCGUCACCAUGGUUAGCCAGAACUUGACAUGGAGCAACCUCGUCAACGUCCAAGAGGAGGUUGUCUACAAGCCUUGCGGCGACCACCAGACCCAGUUUAUCCAGAACGCCAACAUCACUGCUCUCUGCGGCGGCUGGCAGCGAAUCAAGAACAGCAUCGAGGACACAAUGGUUUCCCGUUUCCGCGAGAACGCUGUCAAGGGCCGUGAGGGCUUUGAGCGCGUCUUGAUGAUGAGCCGAAAGGCAUUCGCCGAGGAGAAGGCUCGCCAAGUGCUAUAA